AAUACAUUGAUCUGGCCGAACCUCGAGGAUGCAGUGCGAAUCAUGCCGCUGGCUGUCAACAGUGAGACUCUAUAGCGACAGGCGUCUCGCUACCGUAGCGGUGUCGCUCGCUUCAGAGUAAUAAUGUUGGACCGUCUGACACAAAGCCUGUCUGGGACCGUGGCCGCGUAAUUGCAUAAUGCAGCCUUUAUAUACAGGGGCUGUCUCCAGCCCCGGUGCACCCAUCAUCCUGCUACAACAUCCACCAAAGCUUCAGCAACUACCGCACCCUACUAUCACGAUGACACUCGACGCGUACGCACCCUCGGAAAAAGGCCCACAUAACCAUCCUCCCAUCGGUGCUGGUUAUGGGGAAGUCCCGCCCCCAUAUACGGGCGUCGACGAUCACUCGGCUAGGUAUGGCUCACCGCCCAAUGCCUCCUAUCGUUCGGACAGGGGUCCUCCUGCCGACGAUUUCCUCCGCGAGGAAGCAUAUGCCGCAAAUGAGCCGUGGACCAAGGAUGCGUCUAUGCCUUACGAGGGUCGCCAGUCCUAUGAAUCGACCCGCGGAUUCCACCAGCCUUAUGCAGGGCAACCACCGUCGGGGAUGCCCAGCCAACCGUAUGCCGACUACGCAGGGACCUCCGGGGCAGGUAAUCAGCUGCAUAGUCCUUAUGCUUCCCAGCCCGGCGCGUCGUAUCAGACUCGCAGCGAUUAUGCGAUCCCCCCUGCUGGCAUGAACUAUGCGUCUCCCGGUUAUGCGCCGACUUCUGGAUACAGUGACAGGAACCAGAUGUACGAGAGCCUCUACCCCUCUUCCCGCCUAGGACUAGGACGCCUGUCUCCGAGGAUGACACCUCGGGAAUUACUUUAUACCCGUGAUGUUGGCAUACGAUCGUCCCCUGCGGGAUUGAGAGGUAGAGGCGUGAUAAGUGGGGCCUUGGUGAGCAGCCUCGGGCCAGACCAGGGCGUGGGCGCGCUCCUCGAUCCCCCGCCCCCCUCGUUCCGACGCCCUGCGCGCCCGGAUCUUUCUUACGAACCUUUCGAGCCUGCGUCCGUCAAGAGUCUGGACAAAGAUCUCGACAGAGGCUUUCCUCUAGUCGCGCCGCCAUCGAGGGUCGCGCCGCAUCCGUUUGCUACGCAUGAUGUGUUCGAAGACGAUUGGCAGAGGUUCUUGCAUGAUGUCAAGUUGGCGAGCUCGCUCACGUCCAACUCGGCACAGAUGGGUCGGAGGGUCGGGAUAGUGGGAGCGCUCGUGUCGAUGGGGGUUGAUCAAAUGACGAAGAGUAGAAAGAGUACUGCUGUAGCCGAGCUAAUCGACCAAUGGAACGCGAGUUUCUUCCAUCCCAGGCAAAUGACCGUCGUCCUUGCAAAAGGUUCGACGACCUACAGUGGACCUGAUGGUGCAAGCCCGCCGGACAUGGGCACGUACGAAGUCUAUCAGGAGCAGAACAAGUGGCGACUGGUCAUUGCUUAUCAUCGCAGAUUCUAAUGACUGUCUGUACCUACGUCGCUUGAGCGCAGUGACUCGUGUAAUACCCCAGAGUAUGUGCAGUUUUCUAAUUAUGUGCUAGAUGUAUUCUGGCGUGGCCAGGGCUCGCGACGAGAGCCCCAUCAGGUCUUUUCACGUUUGAUCAUACCUCUCCUGAAGCUGAUCACAUAAAUGACCAGCUAUUGUUCGAGGAAGGUUAUUCACGUUGGCAAACCCUGGCAGUACGUCCGAGAAUCCCUCUUGCAAAUCACUCUCCGAAUGCCGCGCAUACAUGUCACGCAUAAUUGGGAGCCCGAGCCCAGACUGUCAGCUGUGC